ACUCCCAUCAAAGCAACUCUCUCUCUCCUUCACAUUCCAUUUUCUCACUCUCUGUAAAGCUCUGCUCUUUCUCAUAAGAGAAUGUUCAUGGGAAAAAUGGCUCUUUUGGGGAUUUUUAUGAUGGGUUUGUCUGCAAUGGUAUGCUCUGUUCACGGUUAUGACGCUAGUUGGGUCAAUGCUCAUGCCACUUUCUAUGGUGGUAGUGAUGCUUCAGGAACUAUGGGUGGUGCUUGUGGGUACGGUAAUCUCUACAGUCAAGGAUACGGAACCAACACGGCGGCGUUAAGCACCGCACUGUUCAACAACGGGCUAAGCUGCGGCGCGUGUUUCGAGAUCCGGUGUCAGAGCGACGGCGCGUGGUGUUUGCCUGGUGCAAUCGUUGUCACGGCCACAAACUUCUGUCCUCCGAACAACGCGUUGCCGAAUAACGCCGGUGGUUGGUGUAACCCACCGCUUCACCAUUUCGAUCUCUCUCAGCCUAUUUUCCAACGCAUUGCUCAUUACAAAGCUGGUGUUGUCCCUGUCUCCUACAGAAGGGUUCCGUGUAAGAGAAGGGGAGGAAUAAGAUUCACAAUCAAUGGUCACUCAUACUUCAACCUUGUCUUGGUCACCAAUGUUGGCGGCGCCGGAGAUGUUCACUCGGUGGCGGUUAAAGGUUCGAGGACUAGAUGGCAACAAAUGUCAAGGAACUGGGGGCAGAACUGGCAAAGCAACAACCUUUUGAACGGUCAAGCUUUGUCCUUUAAGGUUACUGCUAGUGAUGGUCGAACAGUCGUCUCCAACAACAUUGCUCCGGCUAGCUGGUCGUUCGGACAGACCUUCACCGGUCGUCAAUUCCGUUGAAACUGUUUUAAUUCCAUAUUAAAACUCCGUUUAUUAUAUAGUUUAGGGUUUGUGUGGUGUUGAGGAUGGAGGAGAGAGAGAGCGAGAGGGUUUUAGGCUUUUAAGGGUUUUAAUUGGAGAGCCUUAAAAACUUCUUCUUUGACUCUGAGGGUAAAAUGGAGAAAAGGGCUUAUUUUAUGAGGGCCCUUUUAGUCAUUUUAAGGUCUAGGGUUUUAGCGAGUAUUGAGUCGAGUGGUUUGUGUAAUCUUUUAGCAAAGGGACCUCUUAUGUUUCACGCCAAUGGGUUCCUUUGUUUUAUCACUUUUUCAUUUGUCUUUUUUAACUUCUGUCUUUGGUUUAAAAAAGCAGAAGUGGGUAGUGGCAGAGGAGGAAUUUCACCACCCGCCAAGUGUUUUUUUCUGUUUGGGUCGUUUUUUCUUUGUUUGUUGGCAAGUUGUACUGUAAGGGCUGCUUAUGAUCAAGCUUAAUUUAUGGGCUUGAUAAGUGUUUUGUUACCAAGUAUGAAUUUUAUGUGCUUUGUGUGAUUUGA